UUUCAGUGUUUUAAUUCACUCAAGAUGAAGUGUGCGAUUUUCUUUGCUUUUCUAGCUUUUACUAGCGCCACGCCCUUGACUGGAUGGAGAAAUGUUGGAACAUAUUGGCCCCAAGAAUUCUGGAAUCUCCGGAAUGUUGCUACUGAUGAUAAUAGUCAUGCUGAAGCUAUUCAACAAUUGAAACAGUAUCCUCACAUGUGGACAGUUCCAGAACAGUCCAUUGUUUCCCAAAUGCUCAUGAAUACCCACGAGUUUCCCCAUACUAACCAACACCUCCAACAGCUGCCAUUGUUUUCCCAUGAAACAUUCCAUCACUUAUCCGAAAUGCCCAUUGAAAUGCAUCAACUUCCCUGGGAACAGACUCACGAAACUUACCAUCAUUUUUCUGGAAUGCCAAUAAAAACACAUGAAAUUCCAAUGGAGAGAGCUUACCAACAAAUUUCCGGAAUGCCAAUGAAUACACAUGGAAAAAUCCACCAACAAUUUUUGGAAAUGCUUGGAAUCCCUUCUGCACACACUCCUGAAGCUUCCCAUUACUUAUCUGAAAUGCCAAUGUCACAUGUAGCUUCCCUACAACACUAUUACGGAAAUAUGAAAAACGUACAGCAACCAUUUUGGCAACAAGAUGACGUAGCUCAUCACCAAGGUAAACCUACCGAAUAUCACCAUAUUAACCACGAAGUACCAUUGCAAUAUUUCCACUCCAGACUGCAAAAAUUUGUAGAAGAACACAGCGAACAAGAAGUGCAUAGUUUAAUUGUUCAUCUUCACGAUUUGACGCAAGAGCUUCACCACCAACAAGAAGUAAUCGGUAAACAAUUAUCGCAUGUUGAAUCUCGUCUAAUGAGGCAUCAACGUCAUCAUCAUCAACAAGGUCACAUCGAAGAGUACCAACAAUUGCAACAAGUCCAUCAUCAACUACAAUUGCAAAAAGCUCAGCUGAUUAGGCAACAACUUGCUCAAGAAUCAGUUGUUGAGUAUUUGGGAGAAGCUUUGGUUCGCAGGCAACAACAUCAUUUUGGUACACAGGAAAAUGCGCGCCCUUUCUGGAGAAGCGCUUGGUGUUUAGGACUUGGAGGGUUGCAAAGGGAAGUUAGAGUUAAUGGAGAGAGAAGAAUUUUUAUCAGAAAUGCCAGAAUGAUGAUUAUAUUCAAUGUGCCAAAAAAUAAUCCUGAUUAUUUGGAAAUUGUUGGAAUUGGAGAUGGUAAAUUGAUUAGAAAAGUUGUCAUGGACGAUAAGCAGAAUAUUAUUACGGAUGUACGUACUGGACACGUAGAAAACUAUAGUCAAGAACAAAUGAACGAUGAUCAACCAACAACAAUUUCACCGCCAACAGAAAAUCAUCAGAUCAAAGUUUUAUUGAACAUCUUCCGUAACUACCAAGGAUUUUCCGGAGAAGGAGCCUUCUUCGAAAUCCUGAAGAAAGUGAAACAGGCCGUUGGUAACCAAGAAUUGCAUCCAAUGAUUUAUGAAGCACUGAAGGAGUUGGAAGUACAACCAAACCCACAACCAAAUAUUCCAAAAAGAAAUGACACUGCAAGAAAUGUUAGUGAGAAAGUAGCUAAGGAGGAAGUGGUAAAAUCUGAUGGGUCUGAUGCAAUAAACAUCAAAAAAGAACGUGACGCAAAAUUCAAAGUUCUCGAAGCAAUGCGUGCCGCCCAACAGAUUGAAUGGCUACAAAAACUACUAGCAAUGCAGCAUGUUAAUAACGCCCAAAGCGUGAUGGCUCAACAAGAAGAUCCUAUCAAGCAGAUUGACUCGUUUAUAGUUGCUACUGACAAGUACGGCGACAAAAACCAAGCUGACUUGAGGCAGAUGCUAAUCAAAACCAACAUUCAGGAAAUACAAAGGGAAAUUACUCGUCUUGAGCUUAUCGCCGAACAGCUGCAAAAUCAACAGGACUUUUUGGGCGAACAAAAGCAGCAAAUGAAAAUGCAUACAAUACUGGGUUACCAUCAAGGUGCGCAAUCCGAUCAAAUGAGAGAGAUGAACGAGGCCUAUAGGCAAAUAAAAGAGCAGGAAAAGAGAUUGGUGGGAGAGCAAAUAACAAUUUUGAAGAAAAUCCAUGAUCUUCAGAUCAAGUUGAUUUUGCAAAAUCAAGAGCUGGAUCAGAAUUUAAGCAAAGAGGAUAACUAAUAUUUUUUAAUUUUUUUUCGGGAACGAAGAAAAGAAAAAAUUAAUAGCCUAUGUGCUUUGUAAAAUAAUCAUCAAUAACAAUAUAAAUAGAUUUUUCAAGUUUUUGUAAUAUUUUUUCAUUAUUAGAUAAGAUAGGCAUGGAAUGUAUAUUUAUUUGCAAG